ACUAGGACCGCCUCUGCCAGCAGGCAAGGUGGUUGAAGUGUUUUGUAAUGAUCUUGCCAAAGAUUUUCAUGGAAAAUAUUAAGAUUUUAGUGCUGUAUUUAAAUAUGGCCCUUCGUUUUGUAAAUGAUGCACAAUCAGGCAAAUCUGAAUAGUUGUGUGGUAAUAAAGUAAAUGACAAAAAAUUUCAAGAUGAUAGACAAUAAGAUCUGUUGAAAACUUGCUUCUUAGUGCAAAUGAUUAUGAAACAAAACGCAGACAAGACAGACAUGUCAAUACUACAUGAGAAAUUGCUGGGCAUUUUUCAGGUCUUAAAUGGCCAUUUUCUGAAAUAGGUUCAGCAGACUGUAAACUUGACCAGCAGGCCAGUAAAUGAAGCUAAAAACACUCUGACAACCUGACUCUGAUUAACCUGAUGAGCUUAAAGUCUUAGACAUAAAUGCCCUGGUGUGUGUGCGUGCAUGUGUGUGUGUGUAUUAUCCGUACGUACCUGGAUGCUAAUGCACUUACUGUGGCCAUCUGUGCAACCAGCACCCACCUGCACAAUCUGACUUAUCUUCUGCCCGUCUUUGUAAACACUGCUAGUCGUUUCCUUCAGUAUCUUGUGUCGCCUUUACUGUGCAGUUUGCAACUGGAUUUUGAGAGAAAACCGCAAAACAGAUAAAAGAAACUUUCUGUAAGACUGGAAUCAAAAAGGCGAUACUGGACAAAAUCUUUUUCUUCUUCAUUGCAGAAACCUUCCUUCCUUCUCCUGAAUAACACUUUUGCUAUUGAAAAUGGGCUGUUCACCAUCAAAAGGAAAGUUAUUUUCAAAACCACGUCAAUGUGAUGUUCAGAAUGCCCUGGUCUCUGAAGAAUUACAGGAGGUUGCGGAUGGUGGACCUGCACUGGAUGAAGACACCUGUUUACAACCUCAAAACAAGGAAGAGGAUCUGCCGCUACUUACUGACGAAUACUGCACAAAAGAAACUUCAGUGACUCAUCUGGACCCUGAUCCAAUACUUCCUGAAAAUGAAGUGGAUUCUGAAGCAACAAAGGUAAAUGAAAUGCCUCAGGAAAUAAUUGGAAAUGUCAUGGAAGUGCCUCUGAGUCAGAAGGCGGAGACCCGAAAGAAAAACAUGAAGAAGAGAUCCACAGAACGGCAGAGAAAGUCUUCUUUAGUGCAAACGAAGGCAGGUUUGCCACCACAUAUGGUGAGAGCUCACCAGGCUGCUCACAAUUUCCUGAACCAAAAUAUCUCCAAAUAUGAAAUUCUUCUGGGGCUCCUGGACCAGGCUACCCAGACACAACUGUCCCUCCAAACACCGAUGUCUGCUUUGGAGUUGUACUUUGAGGAAAUCAACCAGGCACUAGAGGAGAUGGCUGAAGAGGGGGAGCUGAUGCUCAAGGAGCAUGGGGACAGCAUGACUUUACCUUCUGGGAUAUUUGGUCAAGCAGUAUGCUCGGCUAAACUUAUGAAUAAUUUUGAUCCAUCACCAGAUCUUUUACAUCAACUACUUCAGGAUUCAUCAGAAAAAAUCAGGCAAGUUAAAAGCUCAGUGAAGACUCAGAGUGAUACUACACUUGAGGAGGGAAUAGAUCAUUUCUCUUCCUUCUCUAAACUGUAUACCGAGAAGCUUCAGGCUAAGCAGGCUGCAGAGUUUAGGUUAGCUCAAGUACUUGCAAGGGUUGAGACGGUGUUUAUUAGGAAGUCCAACCCAGAAGAUUCUGCACUGCACAGUGAGGACAGUGGUAUUGGUGGAGAGAGUGAGAGUUUGACAGGAUCUGAAAGGAACCAUGGCCACCGUGGGAGCGCUGGAUCGGGAAGUUGUGGGUCUGAAGUCAACAUCCGGGGUAUAUAUCAAAAUUAUUCAGCCGGUUUUACUAGAAAUAACGAAGAGGAGGAGGAGGAAGAGGAUGAGGAGCAGCAUGCAGAAAAAUAUCAAGAUGAUGAAAUUGACCAGUUUGAGAGAAAGAGAUCAAACUCUUUUCCACCAGAUCCCUGUCACGCUCUUCGUUACAUGUAUGAAAACUCCAUGAAAGAUCAGCAGCCUGCCUUCAAACAACUUUUCAAUGCUGAACACUCUGAAAUAACAGAGGAACAAAACAGUCAGAUGGAAUUAGAUGAAAAAAUUAAUAUGAUUUCUGAAAUGCAAGGAAUAAAUGACUUUGUAAAGCCUCAGUGCAAUUUGUAUCAAGCUGGACAUCGGCGACAUUCUUUGGAUGGAUCAGCUGGUGAACACAAAAACCAAGACAGAACCAAUCGACUACCUGGUUCAUUAUCUUCACCAUCAAAUAAACCACUAAAGUGCUAUUCAGUCCGAAGGCUCAUAAAUACAUUUAGCCAAGGGGUUGAUGGGAGACCGGGCAGGGAUGACCUAGAUAUGGAUAAUCUACCACCGCCACCUCUGGAAGUUCUAAUGGACAAUUCCUUUCGACGCAAUGAAGACCAACUACGAAAUGAAAAGCUACAUGAAGAUCCGGUUCUGACUCUUCCAUCAAUACACCAGACCACUGGGAUUUCCCAGCGAAGGAAGAUAGUUAUGCAGAAUGUGGAAGUUCUGCCAAACAAAGCAAAUGUAAAAAUUGGAUCAAUGGCUGCGUCACCCGCCCCUCCUGUUAGGCAUGAGGGAGUUACUGAGGUGCAACAUCAAAAGUUGAAACUGGAAACAGAUCUGUCUGAACAAACUGAGAAAACGAAAAGAAUCUACAAACAAGCAAGAAAGAUUAUCCAUUUGCGCAAUGCAGGAGAAUCCACCGACAUGAAAAAUUUUCAAAUUCCAGUCUCAGGAGAUUUAACAUCCCUUCAAGCCACAAGAUGUGAAGGCAAUGAGAUACCCUCCUGCAGUCUGCCCGUCAUAGCACCACCCGUUUCAAGAGUGCGCUUGCCACCAUCAUGUCCUUCUGUGCACCACACCGUUCCACAUCCCCCUGUCUUCAGACAGCAUCCCAACUCUGGAUCCUCUUCUCGCCCAAAUUCUCCAAGAAAAGUUACACGCGCAAAUGAUAACAGCACAGAACAGAUCAUUCCUCAUAUGUCCUUUCAUGAUGCCCGCUCAGUCUUCUGUCAAAACGAGUUGAAAGGUUCCCAGGCCUGCCUGUCCUUUGGAAGUUCUGUUCUCCCCAGAAAAUGGGGGGAAGUCUCUCGAGGCAGGUUGUCCACAAGAGGAAGAGAGAAUUCAACCCGUCGCACACAAUCAGAACAGAGGCCUGGAAUGACUUCCUAUUCAGACUUGGAAACAGAUGGCCAUUUGGUAUCCCUGCAAACCAAGGAAGAUGAACCUGUUGGAGAAAAAUACAGUCUAGACAACUCUCUGAAGACAGAAGAAAAGUCGGAGGUGGAUCCAGCUGCUGAAAACUGAUUCUGGUUAGGGUUGAACAAAUCCACAGAGGAAGAUGGAAAAGAUUUAUUAUAAACACCUGAAAUGUUUUUGUUGUUUGUUUUAAUUGUGAAUUAUUUUUCUUGUAGUCCUGAUCUUAGAUCAGAGAACAUGUCUUUUAAUUCAAGUAAGUUUUUAUGUACUUGAACUCAUAUUUUUAAAGAGCUUUAAAUUAUAAUUAAUUUUAGUUUGCAUACAUUCUUGAGCAUUUUGCAAAAUGCAACAUCAAUUCUAAAGUUUUAAAUAUGUUCCUAGUCUAUAGUUAAAAACUGAGGAGGCCUAAAACGUUGUAAAUCAUUAUCCAAGUUUCUUGUUUUUAACCUUUUUCUGAUUUUGUGAAGCACUUUGGUUGAAAUAUUGGUCGAGUAAAUCCCUAUGGAAAUAAGUAAUUUAUUGAUGCAAGUUUGUUAAAAGAUUGUAGAUGGUAAUGGUUAUGGGCAGGAAGUGUCUCCUGUGGUGGUCUGUCUCACAGCAUUUCUGAGAGUCUCUGACUGAAGAUGUUCUGUGUUUGUAAUUUUUUUGCACUGAACAGCCUAAUCUUCAUCAACAAAUAUUUUCUAGUCCAUUUUUCUAUAUAACUUCACUGCUGCGUCUCCAGUUCAGUCCAGCUGAAGAUCAAGAUAUCGAAACUCAUCCAACACCUUCAGCUCUCCUGACAUGGAAAUGGUGUUUGACAAUUUCUUGUUUCUGUUGGAAUCUACAAUCAUCUUUUAUCUGUUCAAAUUUGGUGUACCGUCUAUGGAUAUGAUAAAAACAAUA